AUGACUCCAACUGCUAAUCAAGAAUUCAUAACUAAUGAAUUAAACCAAUUACAAAAAGAAAUUAUUGGUAAAAAUCCUGUUGAUGUUUUACAAUUUUGUGCUAAUUACUUUAACGCUAAAUUAGAAUUACAAAGAUCUCAAUUAUGGUCUCAACAAAUAAAAGCUAAAGCUGCGGGUAUUAACUUGUUCCCUCAAGUUGAUAACAUUAACGUUAAUGGUACUGGUAAUGGAGUAACGGUUAAUUCAAGACAACCUAGCUUUAAAUCUCCUUUUGGUGAUAAUGAUCCUCAUUCAAUACAGCAUGAAAAUAACUCCAAGAAUGACGGUGAAAAGCAAGAAGAUAAAGCUGGCUUAUUCAAAGGGGGGUUUGGCGUUGGUCAAGAAACCCUCUCAAAACCACUUCAAGAAUUAGAUCCAAAUGAUCCUUCUGCAAAUUCUCAUUCUAACACUUCUACUAAUUCAAAUCCAAACCCAAUACCUGCUAAAAUCCCCGUGGCCUUCAAUGCUAACAGAAGAACUUCUGUUUCCGCUGAGGCUCUUAAUCCUGAUAAAUUUAAAUCGGAUUCUUGGAAACCUCCAACUAACGAUUUAACUGCUUCGCAAAAAUCAGAAUUACAAAAAACUUUAACUUCAAACUUUUUAUUCAAACAAUUAGACGAAAACCUGAAAAAAACCGUUAUUGAUGUUUUAACUCGUAAACAAUUUAAAAAAAAUGAUGAAAUUAUUAAACAAGGUGAUGAAGGUGAUUUUUUCUAUAUUAUUGAAAAUGGUACCGUUGAUUUCUAUGUUAAUGGUACUAAAGUUAAUUCAAGUGGUGAAGGCUCUUCCUUUGGUGAAUUGGCUUUAAUGUAUAAUUCUCCAAGAGCUGCAACCGCUAUUGCUGCUUCAGAUGAUGGGGUAAAUUGUUGGGCUUUGGAUCGCUUAACUUUCCGUCGUAUCUUAUUAGAAGGUACUUUUAAUAAAAGAAUAAUGUAUGAAAAUUUCUUAAAAGAUGUUAAAGUCUUAUCAAGUUUAUCAAGUCAUGAAAGAUCAAAAUUGGCCGAUGCCUUGAGUACUGAAAUUUAUCAUAAAGGUGAUAAAAUUGUUAAAGAAGGUGAACAAGGUGAAAAUUUCUAUUUUAUCGAAAGUGGUACUUGUCAAAUUUCAAAGGAAAAUGCUGGUGUUGUGGCCAAAAUUAGUAAAGGUGAUUAUUUUGGUGAAGUUGCUCUUUUAAAUGAUUUACCAAGACAAGCUACCGUUGAAGCAUUGGAUACCGUCAUUGUUGCUACCUUAGGUAAAUCUGGUUUUUCAAGAUUAUUAGGUCCUGCCGUUGAUGUAUUAAAAUCUCAAGAUCCUACCGCUAUUCCUGAUGCAACCACUGCUGUUAAUUAAUGUAUCAUUUACAAUCAAAUCAUUUUACGCCAGCAUGUGUCGCUGUAUUCAUUUCAAACUAUUUCUCCAUACCUUUUAAUUGGCAAUCGUUCAUACUACUUUUUUUUUUUUAUUAUUAUCUCAUGUCUUUUUAAUUCAAUUUUUACUAAACGUAUGGAUUAUUCCAUCUAUUUGUAUUCUUUUUUUUUUUUUGUAUCUUUCAAUCGAAC